AUGGCGUAUCAGGAAGGGCCGGUGGGCGCCUCGCUGCUGGACUUCGUGGCCGAUCGCUCCCUGGGGUCUCCUGAGUGCCACCCCCGAGGGGUGCCCAGCCUGGACCUGUACGAUUUCUCCUCCGCACCUCACUUUGGGGAGCGAGCCCUGGCUCUCCGAGAGGGCAUGGCCAGGGGGCUGCCUCUGGCCCCCUUUGAUGAUGGAGGCCCCGAGGAAGAAGAGGAGGAAGAGGAGGAGGAGGAGGAGAGAAUGAGGGGCACGUCUCUGCUGGACCGACCCAAGAGAAAGCGAGUCAUCACCUAUGCCCAGCGCCAGGCUGCCAACAUACGGGAGAGGAAGAGGAUGUUCAACCUCAACGAAGCGUUUGAUCAGCUGAGGAAGAAGGUGCCCACCUUCGCCUACGAGAAGCGGCUCUCCAGGAUAGAGACCUUACGCCUGGCCAUAGUCUACAUCUCCUUUAUGACUGAGCUCUUGGACAGCGGCAACAGGAAGGAGGCGAGCUAG